CGGCGAGCGGGGCCCGGGCGGUGCUGGAAGAUCUUCCUUGAUCCAAUUAUGAAAAAAUGUUUAGAAAAGGAAAAAAACGACACAGCAGCAGCAGUUCACAAAGCAGUGAAAUCAGUACUAAAAGCAAGUCUGUAGAUUCCAGUCUUGGGGGACUUUCCAGGUCUAGUACUGUGGCUAGUCUAGAUACAGACUCCACGAAAAGUUCAGGACAAAGCAAUAGUAAUUCUGAUACAUGUGCAGAAUUCAGAGUUAAAUAUGUUGGUGCCAUUGAAAAAUUGAAGUAUAAUGAGAGCAAAAGUCUCGAAGGGCCAUUGGACUUGAUAAAUUACAUAGACGUUGCACAGCAAGAUGGAAAGUUACCUUUUGUUCCAGGUGAAGAGGAGUUUAUUAUGGGAGUUUCCAAAUACGGCAUUAAAGUUUCAACAUCUGAUCAGUAUGAUGUGUUACAUAGGCAUGCUCUCUAUUUAAUUGUACGGAUGGUCUGCUAUGAUGAUGGUCUGGGAGCAGGAAAAAGUUUACUGGCUUUGAAGACAACAGAUGCAGCCUCUGAAGAAUGCAGCCUCUGGGUAUAUCAGUGCAAUAGUUUGGAACAAGCACAAGCUAUUUGCAAAGUGUUAUCUACAGCCUUUGAUUCAGUUUUAAUGUCAGAGAAGUCCUGAUUUUCUUCAGCAGCACGUGACUGCGUAGUACAAGAGACCUUUGUGUGAGGAGGAAAUGGGGCUCCUGUGCGAUACCACAGACUGGCUGUAGCUACACACAAACCUAGAAAAGACUUGCUGUGCAAAGAAGAGCCAUGCAACCUUGCACAUGGUACUUUGUCAUUCCCCAACAUGACUUGAAGAAAUGAUUCCAUCUUCAGUUUCCAGGACAAUACAGAAUUUUAUACUUAACAUUAUUUUUUUUCCUAAAUCGUGUUUUGUAUAUUAAUGUCAAUAUUGUAGAAAUGUAAAAUAAA